GAGUACUAGAGGAAGUGACAUCAGAGGGGAAGGGAGCGUGGGAGAGGAUAAAUCAUUCUCCGGCAGCCGCUCCACUCCAGCCCAGCAGCAGUACUUUCUUCUUCUUUUCGUCUAGGAGGGAGACAGUCAGUAAAAAAGGUACUGAGGUGCUAGCUACGUGGCAGUCAUGUGGGAUCAAGGCGGACAGCCUUGGCAGCAGUGGCCAUUAAAUCAGCAACAAUGGAUGGAAUCAUUUCAGCACCAGCAAGAUCCAAGCCAGAUUGAUUGGGCAGCAUUAGCCCAGGCAUGGAUUGCACAACGUGAGGAUACAACGGUGGAACAGCAAGGGAUAAUGCCCAAUGGACAAGAUCUGCCUCCAGUUCCACAAGUAGAACCUGUCCCCAACAAUCAUAAUUUUCAAGGUGAUCCGAAUUUCAAUCGAAUGUGGCAGCCAGAAUGGGGUGGAAUGCACCAUCAGCCGCCACCUCACCAUCCUCCCCCAGAACAACCAUGGAUCCCUCCAGCCCCUGGACCAAUGGAUAUUGUCCCACCAUCUGAAGACAGCAAUAGCCAGGAUGGUGGAGAUUUUACUAAUGACAGGCAUGUGUUUAACCAAAAUAAUCAUGGUUUCAGUGGCCCUCCUGAAAACUUCUCCAUGGGGCAAGUGAAUCAAUACGAUUACCAGCAUGGUUCUGGAGGAUAUGGUCCGCCUCAAGGUGGUUUUCACCCUCCAUAUUGGCAGCAAGGACCUCCUGCACCGCAAGGUCCACCUGCACCACCUCCUAAUAGAAGGGAAAGGUCAUCCUUCAGGGAAAGGCAGCGUUCACCUAUACCCAUACCACCAAAGCAGGAGCCUCUACAGAUUGAUGCUGUUAAACGUCGGACUUUACCAGCAUGGAUUCGCGAAGGUUUAGAGAAGAUGGAAAGAGAAAAGCAGAAGAAGUUGGAACGUGAAAGGAUGGAACAACAGCGCUCACAAAUGAAAAAGGAAAUAAAGGAGCAAGAAACUGAAAAAGUGGGUGAUGCUCCACGUUUGCCACAGAAAAGCAAAUUUGACAGUGAUGAAGAGGAAGAUGAUGAUGAUGAUGAUAAUGAUAAUGACGACAGACAAGAAGAGGAUAAAACUAGUUCAAAAGUCAGCCGCAGUCCUUCUCCACCUAUGCAGGAAGAGAACAGUGAGCCGGAAAUAACAGAAGAGGAGAAGGCCUAUCAAAUGAUGAUAAUUACAAAAACGCUGCUAACAGAGAUUCUUUUGGAUGUCACAAAUGAAGAAAUUUAUAGUGUGGCCAAAGAGACGCAUCGUAAAGCAACUAAAGCUCCUGCAAGGCAGCUGGCACAGUCCAGUGCACUGGCUUCCCUUACUGGACUUGGUGGACUAGGUGGUUAUGGGUCAGCUGAAAGUGAAGAUGAGAGAAGCGACAGAGGCUCAGAAUCUUCUGAUACUGAUGAAGAGGAACUCCGACACAGGAUACGCCAAAAGUUGGAAGCAUUUAAGCGAAAGGAAAAAGAGCAACAGUUACUUGAAAGACAACUGGAAGAGGAAAAACAGCAAUCUGAGGCAUUUCAUGAGGAAGCAAAAGAACCGGAUACAGAUCUUCCAACCAAUUUAGAAGUACAUGAAAAAAGAAUAGUUGAUGGGGGUUUGGAGAUUGAUAAGAAAAAAGUGAAUAGUGAAGCAUUACCUUUAAUUGAUGUCAGCAAAGAGGUUAGGGAAAGGACGGUUGCUAGUAAGUCUAGGAGCUCAAGUAGUAGCAGCAGUACUAGUAGUAAGGACCUCAGCAGUAGUAGCAGCAGCAGUAGUGCGUACAGCUCUAGUUCUUCAAGCAGUCAUAGUUCCUCUCCCUCUUUACCUAAGAGGAAAAAGAGACGAAGUCCCAGUAUGUCACCUCCACGUAAAAUCAGACGGAGCAGAAGUAGGAGUCCAACACGCAAGAGUAGGAGGGAGAAGAGCAGAAGCAGGGAAAAAAUUAGUGAACGUAGAAGAUCUAGUAAGAAUAGCCUAGAAAGGGACUGGCGUAGAGAUCGUAGCCAUAGCAGAGAGAAGAGAGUAAAUCGCUCCAGAGACAGACAAGAUCGUAGUAGAAGCAGAGACCGGCGUAAAAGUGAUCGGAGGAGCUCUAGCAGGAACACACACAAGCAUAGAGGCAGUAGCCGAGAAAGGGAGAAGGCAAGGAGCAGAAGUGUUGAAGUGGAUAGAAAGAGAAGGGAGUCAGAAAAGGACAGGAAAAAGGAAAAGCUUAAGAGGGAUGAAAAAUCUAGAUAUACACUUCAAGAAGAGGGGAAAAUUAAGAGUAGGAGAGAAAGCGAAAGGUCAUUUUCCCGCAGUGAGUCUUCCACCUCCAAGAUGUCUCGGCAGGAUUCCAGGCAAGAUGGUAAAAAGGGCUCUGCCAAGGAAAGUAAGAAACGAGCCUCUUCUAGUGGAAGAAGCAGUUCAGAAUCCCCGGUUGUUUACAAGGAUAAAAAAUCUAAGAAAUUGAAACGUAGCCGCUCACGCUCUGUGGAGAAAUCUCAAAGGUCUGGUAAGAAGGCAAGCCGCAAACACAAGUCUAAGACCCGAUCAAGAUCUUCGACACCGGUCCGCCGUAAGCGCUGAUGGCUCUCAGUCCACAACAUUCAUUUUUACAAAUUCCAUGAGUUUUUAUGGCUUGUCUCAUUCUAGAGGCAAAUAACGGCUACGUAGGUGUGAAAAUGUAUUCUUUUCCCCUCUCCGGUUCCCUGUUCUUCACUUUUUAAAUAUGUAUAUAUCUUUUUCUUUUUUUUUUUCUCCUAAAAGUAAAACCAGUAUACAAAAACUACUUUGUAUGGCAUAUUUUCAACAGAUUAGGAGGGGGGUCUCGUUUUUAGCUGUAAUGUUCUCCGCACAGUUCAAUGUCCUACCAUGUUAAUAAAGCGAUGUGCUUAUUUUUUUUGUUAAA